GAGGCGGGCGGAGGGGAGGCGGAAGUGACGUCAGGGCGCGGGCGCCGGCAGCGGGCGGCGGCGCCGUGAGGGGAAGAUGCCGGUGGCGGUGAUGGCCGAGAGCUCCGUGAGCUUCAGGCGCCUCCUGGAGCAGUGCGAGACGCAGGAGCUGGAGGCCCCCGGAGGAAUUGCCACGCCCCUGGUUUAUGGCCAGCUGCUGGCUCUGUACCUGCUGCACAACGACAUGAACAAUGCGCGUUAUCUCUGGAAAAGAAUCCCUCCUGCUAUCAAAUCUGCAAAUGCUGAACUUGGUGCAGUUUGGUCAGUGGGACAAAGAAUCUGGCAGAGGGAUUUCCCAGGAAUCUACACAGCAAUCAGUGCACAUCAGUGGUCUGAGACUAUCCAGCCAAUCAUGGAAGCACUCAGAGAUGCAACCAGGAGACGAGCCUUUGGACUGGUUUCCCAGGCUUACACAUCCAUAGUUGCAGAUGAUUUUGCAGCCUUUGUUGGCCUUCCUGUGGAAGAAGCUGUGAAAGGUGUGCUAGAACAGGGCUGGCAAGCAGACUUUGCAACUCGCAUGGUGGUGCCUAAAAAGCCAGGUGUGCUGGAAGCUUCCUUUAACAGAUUCAUCCCUUCAUCAGAACCUGCUCCAGUCCCACCAAUUCCCAAUGAACAGCAGCUGGCCAGAUUGACUGACUAUGUGGCUUUCUUGGAAAACUGAUCACCCUGCUCCUGUGUUCAGAACGACUUGGGAAUCCUGUGUACUGACAGUUUUAGAUCUCAGAUUUAUUUUAUUCUGUGUCUGUUAAAUGUUGCAGCGUCCCCCACUCAAAAGUGUGAAGUAUCCAGUGUAUGUCAGCCCCACUCCUGUUUUGCCAAAGCCCAGCUAGCAGUGAAACAAUCCUUUAACUCCUGCAAUAUUUAUUCAGUAGGUACACAGCAUACACGACAGUAUUACAUAGUACUUUUUUUAAAAAUUGACUCAAAGCAGAACCUUUUUCAGGUGUGUUAGAAAUUGAGCAUAAACAAUUCUCUGGUGAGUACUGCAGUGCUUAUCACAGAUCUAUUGCAUGUUGAACUAGAGGACAGAGAGUGGAAGACUGCCCAGCCUGUAUGUACAGAGAAAAGAUAUUUUGAUGAAAGUCAAAGAAAACAAUUUUUCAGUAA